AUGCUUCGUAAUUCCCUCGCCGGCGUCGACGCGGCAAGGCGCGCCGAGCUGGUGGAAUGGGCGGAGUCGACAUGGGAGAGCGGCGAGAAGGACACGGCCAUGGCUCAGCAGGUGUCGUCCGAUCGCACGUCGCUAGCAGCAGAAGCAGCUGUGGGGCAGAACGCAUCGGGAAUAUCAGGAACGUGGGGAAGGGUUGGAGUUAUCGAGGGUGUUGGUGUUCUGAGCGCGGUUCCCAGCCCUAACUCGCUGCCGUCCGUUGCUGCAAACCCUUUCACGCGGAACCUCACAGAUCCCAGCAACCGCGUCAGCAGCGCGGAGAAUGCGCAGUCGUCGCAGGGAUACGACUGGGCGCAGGAUGCGAGAGGGGGGAAGAGGCGGACGAACUCAGGGGGCUCCGUUGCUGCAAUAGACCUGGGCGUGCAUUCCCACGGAGCGACGCAGCUUCCCCAGCAAGUUUCCCCCCACCAUCAGUAUUCUCCGCACCACAGGGUAGCAUCCCCGCAAAUGCGCCUGUUAUCUCCGCAACACCCGCUGCAAUCUCGUCUGCUCUCCCCGCAGCUUCCCCCGCAACGGCGCCUGCUUUCCCCGCAGCUUUCUCCACAGCCUCGCCUACUCUCACCGCAGCACACCUCGAUGCUCUCUCCCCACCAUUCUCCCCAUCGCUCCCCACACCUCUCCCCCCACCACUCCCCCCACCGCUCCCCCCACCUCUCUCCCCAUCGCUCCCCCCACCUCUCCCCCCAGACCCGCCACUUCUCCCCGCAGCGCUCCCCCCAGCCUCGACUUCUCUCCCCGCAGCUCUCCCCGCAGCCUCGGCUUUUCUCUCCGCAGCUCUCCCCCCAGCCUCGGCUCCUCUCCCCGCAACUCUCUCCGCACGUCCCCUCCCCCAACAUUGCAUUUCAGCCGCCCCAUCGGCUACUCACCCCGCAACACCCCGGGGCAGAUCCGCGUGAACGAGCCAUCCGCCGCACGAUCUCCAUGCCUGAGGCGGAUUUUGACGCCGCGCUUCCCUUUCCGCGCGCGCACGGCGCUUCCGCGGAGGGCGCAGCAUUCGCGCCCGGGAGCAGGAACGCGCUGGGCGCCGGGGGGGUGCUUCCGCGGUUGCGGAGCCCGCAACUGGCGACGGGGGUGCGCGGAGUGAUGCUGCGCGCGAUUGAGGGGCACAAGAGGGGCGCCUCCGCGGACAUCGUGGAGACCGCGCAGAGGGCGCUGCGCAAGAGCAGGUGGGCCGGCGGGGGUCCGGGCGGGGAAGGGCGCAGGCGCGGCGACGUGCCAAGCCAAGGGCAAGGGGGGCACACGGCACGGCCUGUCACCUCAGUCACCCCAGGUGCAGCCCGCAAAAUGGGUGGGCGAGGCGGAAGGGGACAGGGCGCGCAAGGGGCAGUGGCGCAAGGGGGGCCAGUGGGGGCAGGUGAUAGGACGGGCAGUGGAGCAAGCGAGGCGGUGGCAGGUGAAUCCGUAUCUCAGGACCUUGCAAGAGGCGGUGAUGUGACUCCCAGGGGUCAGAGCAGGCCCGCCUCCGUCUCUGCCUCUGCUUCUGCCUCCGCGUCUGCCUCCGUUUCGGCCAACGCAGCUGAUUCGUCCUCUUCUGUCUCUUCUCCCGCCACCUCUGCUGCUGCUGCUGGUGGUGCUGGUGCUGGUGCUACUGCCACAGGUUCCGCGGCUGUUGGUGCACGGGGAGGCUCGUCCGGUGCAGGCGUUGCUGGUGAAGGUGUGCCUGCUGGAGGCAGGGGGUCUGGCACCGGUGUGGGAAGGGGUCAAGGCAGGGUUGGAGCGCAGGGACGAGGAGGGGGAGGGGGAAGGGGUGGGGGAGGGGGAGGAGGAGGAGAGGAAGGAGAGCAGGCGCGGUGGGCGGAAUCACCCAAGGGGGCUUCACCACGCGGAUUGAAUCUGGGAAGCGUUACUCCUCGUGCUGUCACAUCCAGCAGUGCUGCGUUUGGGACCCCUACUCCAGGAAGCGGGACUCCGGGGAGUGUGACUCCGGGGAGUGUGACUCCAGGGAGUGUGACCCCAGGGAGUGUGACUCCAGGGAGCAUGGGUUCUCGAGGCAGGGGCUUGGGAAUGGGUGUGAGGAGGCCACCAAGAGGAGGAGGUCCUGUGCCUGCCAACACCAUGUUCCGCUCUAAAAGCCUCACAGACGGCCAACACCACCACCAGCAACAGCAGCAGCAGCAGCUGACCUCUCCCCGUCUGCACCGACCCCCCCCGCAGCAGCUGCCUGGCCGUGGGGAGCCAUCCCCCACAGCGCUGGCAGCAGCAGCAGCAGCAGCAGCGAGAAACGCGUUCCCAGGCAAGGCCAGACCAGUCACACCUGUUCCAGAAGGCGAGGUGCAAAGCAUGCUAGUAGCCACUAGUGCUUCUGCUUCUGCUGCUGCUGGUGCUGCUGCUGGUGCUGAUACUGGUGCUGGUGCUGGUGCAGCCGACGUAGGAGCCGUUUCUGCAGCUGGCCUGUCAGGUUCGACAGGGGCAACAGGGGUAGCAGACGCAGUAGGUGCAAUAGGAGCACUAGGAGCGACGGGAGCAGCAGAAAGAGCGGGAGGUUUAGGCCAGGAAGAGGAGGAGCGGCUGGAGGGGCAAUGGCCGUGGGGGCGAGCUCACCCAGAACACCAGGAGCAACAGGAGCAGCAACUGGGGCAAGAAGCAGCAACGGCCCUACCAGUUGGUGCGGGUGGUGCGGGUGGUGUGGGUGUGGUGGGUGGGGUGGGUGGGUUGGGUGGGGUGGGUGGGGUGGGUGGGGUGGGUGGAGUGGGUGGAGUGGGUGGAGUGGGGUUUGAAGUGGGGGAGUUUGCGAGCUUGGCUACAGUUGACGAAGUUGAUGGGGCUGUAGCAGCAGAGGCUGUUGCUGAUGGCGAUGAUCGAGCAGCAGGGGCAGGCAGAGCAGCCGGGGCAGCCGGUGCAGGCGGAGCAGGAAGAGCUGGAGGCGGUGAUGUUGCACUGGGGGAGAGCACAACAGGGGUGUCGUUGCUCUCCUCUGCUUCUCUUGCUGCCUCUCAACCCCCGGUGAGCCCGCGUCCGUUAGGCCCCACUCGCCCCGCCAUGGAGCAACGACAGCAGCAGCAGGGGCAGCAGCGGCAACAAGCAGCGCAGGGAGGAGGGGCAGGAGGGGCAGGAGGAGCAGGAGGAGCAGGAGGAGCAGGAGGAGCAGGAGGAGUGGGGCAGAAGCAUCCGAAGCAGCACCACGGCAAGUACAGCAGUGGCAGGCCUCCCCCAGUGACCAUCCACAACCCCACAGUGGCACAGGGGCGGGCACUGAGCAAGUCAACCAGCGAGCCUGGGUGGCGCCUGGAGGACGUGUCUAUGCGCUCGCCUGUCUCCCCCCGAAUGCUCCCCCCACCGUAUCCCCAUGGCGUUGCGUCGUCUCCUAGGCAAUCUCACCCGUUCCAGCAUAACCUGCAGCAGCAGCAGCAGCAGCAGCAGCAGCAGCAGCAGCAGCAGCCGUUUAUGCAGCUACACGAGGUGCUACAGGCACAGCAGUCGCCUGGGUGGUUCUCUCCCGGGGUGAACCCGCGCCAACAAGGCCGCUCCUCCCUGCCGUCUCCCUCUCACAUCCCCCACUCCCCCACCUCGUCCAGCCUUCGAAGCCCGCGAUUCCCAGCCCUCAACUCACCAUCCUUUUCUGCUUCUGCCGCCACCACCACUGCUGAUGCCUCUGCUUUCUCUGCCGCUGCUCUCACCUCACCUCGUCCCCUUGCUCACGCUCCUGCUCCUUCUCCCACUGCUGCUGCGGCUGCUGCUGCACCCAGCCCCAGUGGAGCAGCAGCGAGCGGGCACAGCAGUGCGAUGGCAGCGCGGCUGCAGGGGGGAGUAGCGGGGCUGCGGAGGCUGCGCAAGGCGCUCACAGCACCCGCACAGGACCUGGCAGAGGAGCACAAGAAGCAGGAGGAGGAGGAGGAGGCAGUGGCGCUGCUCAAGAGCGGCAACCUGCCCUGGAACCACAGCCCUGUCGCGUUUUCCGUGCAUGCCACCGCUGCUGCUCCUGCUGCUGGUGCUGCCGGUGCGGGUGGUGGGGGUGGUGCUGCCGGUGGGGCAGCAGGGGGAGCAGGGGCGGGCGCAGGGGCGGGAGCAGGGAGGGCGGGGAAUCCAGGGGGGUAUGACCCCAUGGCGCUGGGUCUGGUGUCCCCUGCAGGCAAAGGUCCUAUGUUUCACCGCACCUGGACCGACCCUGCUGAACGAACAGAUAAGGUGCUUGCUGCUAGAAGGGCUGUUUCCGUAGCUUCUGCUGCUGCUGCUGCUGCUGCUGCUGCUGCUGCUGCUGCUGCUGCUGCUGCUGCUGCUGGUGCUGGUGCUACUUCUGGUACUGGUACGGCUGGUACGUUUUCUGGUUUUGCCUCGUAUUCUGCUGCCAACGGUGAUGUUAGAGGAGGGGGAGGAGGAGGAGGAGCAGCAGCAGCAGCACAGGUGGUAUCACCAUCAGCACAGCAUCUUCCUGGGGUGGCAGCAGCCGCAACCUCUUUGCCCUCUCGCACCCACCAGGCGUCACCUCGAGCAGGUGCUUCUCUCGCGUCACCACACUCACCACAGCCAUCGCCAUCUGCCUUCCAGCAACAGCCCCACCCACUGCACCAAUCCCCACAACUCCUUCCAUCCCCGUCAGUACCGCCAUUUGCAGGAGCAGUAGCAGCAACUGCAGCAGCGGCAGCGGGUACGUUCAGUCCAACAAACGCAAGGCGGGCUGCCUUCCGCAAGGCGCGCAGUGUGCCCAAGCGCCUGCUCAGCGAAGUCAGUGGCUUCGGGUCCCCCGCAGGCUCCCCUGGGGGACCGCUCUCCGCUUCCCCCCUUGCCCUCCGUCCCCCCAGGGUCGGAAUUAGCGCGGAUGGGACGAGGGCCAGUCGCAUGGUGGGGGGAGGCGCAGGGGGAGGGGCAGGGGCAGCGGGAGGAGGCGGUGGUGGUGGUGGGGGAGGUGGGAAGGGAAGACCGGGACGAAGAGGCCCAUUGGAUGUGCAUGCUGAUCUGUCAAUCCUUCAGGAGCUUGAGCUGCCCAUUUUCUUUCAGAAUGGCAGACCAGGAGCAGGGAAGGGAGGCGCUGGGGGGAGGAACGGGGGAGGUGGAGGUCGAGGAGGCGGAGUGGCAGCAGUGGCGACGACGGCUGUGGCAGGGGUAGCGGAGGGGGUGGGUGGGGCGAGCACAGUGCAUCUGAACAGGCGGGGGUAUGCGCACCGAGUGUUUCGCACGCAUAACUUCCCGCUGUCAGUGGGGGCUGUACUGGGAGCGGUUUCAGACCAUAACGACGCUAUCACUGUCACCCCUGCCUCGCCCAAUGCUGGCAACUCUGCCCCCAUUGCUUCCCCUUGGACCCCGCCUUCCUCUGCUCAUGCUGUUGCUGCUGGCGGUGGCGGUGGCGGUGGUGGUGGUGGUGCUGCUGCUGCUGCUUCUACCUCUGCUUCCUUUCGUCAGCACUCCUCCUCGCCUUCCACUCAGACAGUGCUCUCAUCGCCCUCUCCACCCGUCACUCCUCCGAUUCUCGCUCCUGCUGUUUCUUCAGCAAGCUCAGGAACACAGGUGGGAGGGAGAGGAGGAGGCGGUGCAGCGGGCACAGCAGACGAGCCAGGAGCAGCAGAAGCCGCGGGUAUGCUAACAGGGUUUGCGUUCCUGCCUGAUGGGAAGAACACUGAGUCAAUCAACGCACCCGCCGAAACCGCAACAUCACCAUCAGCUGCAGCAGCUGCGCCUCCCGCGUUUUUGGCCAGGGGAGCGGGAGGAGGAGGAGGAGGGGCCCUUGCAGGGCCACCACCAGGCAGUCUGAUUCGCAAGCUGUCGCUCUCGCUCUCGCCUCUCCUCAUCCCACAUACCGACUCUGUGGAUAGUGACGAGGGAGGCGCUCCUGUCCCUAUCGCUGUUCCAGCAACUCAAGCGUCCACUGCUGCGGCUACUGCUGGUGGUGGUGGUGCUGCUAAUGGUACUUCUGGUGUACCUGUAACUGCUGUUCCAUUGGAAGCGUUCCCAGCAGCUGCAGGCAGCAGUGCAGCAGGAGUAGUGCCUCCCCCAUGGCUCCCAGUGGCCUCUCCCCGUCCCAUGCCAUCCAAGGCACUCGCCCCUCGCACCCCUGCCGCCACCACUCCCACUCUUCCUACGGCCACCACCCCCACCUUCGGAAGCCAAACCGCGAGCAACAGCAACAGCGGUGGUGGCGGUGGCGGCAGCAGCAACACCCGGGGAGCGGGGAGCUGGGGGGAAUCAACAGCUUCUACUAGUGCCUUUGCCAUGGGUAUGCUGAGUCCGAUGUCUGGCGGGAGGGGAAGGGGCAUGGGUGCAGGCCGGGGCAGCGGGUUUGUUGCCCACUCCAUCUCCCAGUCCCCUUCCUCCUCCUCUACAGGGCGUGUCAGCAGCCCUGUGCUCGGGAGUGCAGGAGCAGGAGCAGCAGCAGUCAACGCACGGCAUAGAUCAAACGGCCCUCCCAGUCCCAUGGGGUCAAUGGGGUCCAUAGGGUCAAACGGGUUCUCAAAUGGGUUCUCAAGCGGGCCUCUCAGCCCGCUCGGGUCAAUGGGGUCAACCAACGGGCCUCUCAGUCCCCUCCGCUCCAUGGGGAGUCUAGGCCUGAUCAGUCCCAGAGGAGGCGGAGCAGGAGCAGCAGCAGCAGCGGCAGGCGUGGGUGUGAGCCACCUCAUGCGGCAUGCGUCUGUGGGUGCAUCAUCUGGCACUGCGCCCCUGGGUCUCAUGAGCCCUGUGGGUGGCAGGGGUGGCGGGCGUCUCUUCAGCCCAGUGCUUGCGGGACCGCAUGGGACCGGCAGAGGCCGAGGGGGAGUACCGCUGGGGACUGCAGGAACAGCAGCAGCAACAGGGGGAGGAGGAGCAGCAGGGGGAGCAGUAGCAACAGCAGGAGGAGGAGGGGCAGGGGCAGGGGCAGGGGCAGGGGCAGGGGCAGCGGCAGGGGCAGCCGCAGGGAAGUACCCUCGGUUCCCUUCUGAGGGCGGGCAGUCAGCAGUGGCAGCGCUGGGCGCUCUCAGCGGCCUGCUGAGCCCCCGUGGAGCAGCAGGACUGGUCCCCGCUCACAGCCUCCCUGCCAAGUCCCGCCUUACGCAGCAUGGAUCGCUCUUAUGGGGCAUGCCUGGUUCUGCUUCCCUCUCUGCAGUCCCUGGUGGGGGGGGUGGGGGUGGGGGUGGGGAAGAGACGACGGGGGGGUUUGCGGGUUUUACGGGCGCGUUUGGGGGGAGCGUUGGGGAUGGGGAUGGGGGUGAGCGGGUGUCUACUGGUGGGGGUGCAGAGGAUCUUUCCUCAACCAACCCCUACAGCCCUCUCCGCCCUACCAGCCCUCACCACAGCCCAAAUCCCAUCAACCUCCCGCCUCCUGCUGUGUCUGUUGCCAGUGCUGAUGCUGCUGCUGCUGGUGCUGCUGCUGCUGCCGCUGCUGAUGGUAGCGCUGCUACUGGGAGUAGUGCUGGUGGUGGUGGUGCGAGUGCUGCUAGAGGGAAAAAGACUCGUGGUCGAGGGUUUUGGCGGGUAUCCGGUGAUCACUCAGGUGCCAGCAUCUCUCCCUCUCGUAUGGUCUUCAGCAAGAAACAGCAGCAGCUCAAGAAGCAACAGCAGCAGCAGCAGCAGCGGGAGCAGCAGGAGCAGCAGGGAACAGCCAGCAGCAGGCGUCUCUUCCCACUCUCCGCGUCCGCCUCCUCUGCUGCUCAACACGCCAUUCCCCUGGGCUCCAGCAUUCGCUCGCUCUCCAUGCCCUCCCACCCUCCAGGCACCCCCAGCACCCCAUCCACCCCGCCAGACACAGCAGCCUUUUCCAUGGGACAGGCUGAACCCACUGUCAGCAGCAGCAGCAGCAGCAGCAACAGUGGUGGCGCUGGUGCUGGUGGUGGGGUUGGAAGCAACAAUGGUGGUGUUAGCGGUGGUGGUGCUGCUGCUGCAGGGGAUGGUGGUACUGGUGGUGGUGCAAGCAGCAGCAUCAGUGUGAAGGGCGCACAGGCAGACCCCCCCUCCUCGCCUUUGGUCCAGGGCAAGAUGAACAUGAUGGGGUGUGGGCCUCCCUUGGGGGUGUUCCGAUCGCCCGCCGUCACUUCCUCUGUCUCUGCUGUGCUACGCCAUGCAAGCAAAAGCAGAGGGGGGCUGGACCAGUUCCCCCAGCAGCAGCAGCAGCAGCAGCAGCAGGAAGGGGGGGUUGAGGGGGAGAGUGAGAAGGUUGUGAGUGGCAGCAGCAGCGGUUUGGGGGCCGCAGGCAUGGGGGACACGAGUGGAGUGAGAGAGGAUGGGGAGGGGACAGGUCGAGGGGAAUGUGAUGGCGGAGCUUCGGCAGCUGCCAGUGGUGUGGUAACGAGGAGGGAGGAGGAGGAGGAGAAGGAGGAGGAGGAGGAGGAGGAGGAGGAGGAGGAGGAGGAGGAGGAGGAGGAGGAGGAGGAGGAGGAGGAGGAGGAGGAGGAGGAGGAGGAGGGGGAGGAGGAGGGAGGGGAGGAGGGGGAGGAGGGGGAGGAGGAAAGGGAGGAGGCCAUAAGCAGUCGCACUCGCGUUCAGGAUCCCUCAUGGAAGGGGUUCGCAACUGGGGAAGGUCUAAGGUGA